CCUCCCAGGUGAUCUUCACUGUAGUCAGCUCCUCAGAGCAUUUGGUGAGACACACGGUCUUACAUUCUGGAGGGCCCAGCGAGAUCCCUGGGUAGGAACCCCCGGUUCGACUGAGACUCCAUGGGAUCCGGCAGGAGACUCUCAGGCACAGACCUCAGAAAACCUCAGGAGGUUUAACUCCAAAACCCUUGAACCCCGCUGGAAGGGACCAUUUCCUGUCAUCCUGGUGACUCCCUCAGCGAUAAAGGUAGCUGGACACUCUUCCUGGAUCCACCACAGCCAUUUAAAGGCAGCACACCCAGAGGAAACAAUGUCAACAUGGCAGAUCGACUGGAUUACAAAGGACCCCCUCAAGAUAAGAUUGAUCAAAGACUAGUUUGGACAAUAUGGGGGUUCUUGGGGCUACUGUUCUUACCAGCCCCAAUGGAAGGAGGAUCUGGACUCCAGCUGGUGUUGUCCAGCCACACUCCCCAGAACUGGACUUGGUCCUUGAAAAAUGCCUUAACAGGAGCUCACAUUGCCACCAUUACUACUGAUAGACAGCCCCAUUUUACUAUAGACCUGUGUUCUCUGGGGCUUCCAAUCAUUAGUGGUGGAGGGGCUGGAUCAAAGAGUAAAGUUUCAUCUGGAAAGAUGGGUAAAGGGGGCUGCAGAGGGAGGUGUGGAACAGAUGAUAAGUUGGAAAAAAACCCCUCCAAGAUAUAGAUAUUUAUGCCUGCCCCAUAGGAAAAAGUAAAAGGUGUGAUGGGGGACCAGGAAACCACUGUCAUCAUUGGGGUUGUGAAUCUAUUGCCCCAUGGAAAAAUAAUGAUGUGUAUUUGGCCUUGGAAUGAUAAACACCAAGUGGUUCAUGUUCCAAAGGAAAAUGUAAUCCCAUCAAGCUAACCUUAAAACAAUGGCAGAAUCCAUAUAAAGAUUGGGAAAAAGGAAAAUCCUGGAUGGUGGCACUUUAUGUGGGUGGAAAGGACCCUGUGACUGACCUCUUCAUUCAGUGUAGCCCAGUAAUAGUACUGCCUAAACCGGUAGGCAACAUUUAUAGGGUCUCCGGCCCCCAAGAAAAAGAAAAGGCAAAAGGAACCUAUAAUGUGUCAUUAGCUGCUCCUGAAUCUCCAAUCCAACCAUACCUAAAAACCCUGGAUGCCAUGUACACCCUGUUAAAUGAGUCUAGCUCCAAUCUUACUCAAGGGUGUUGGCUGUGUUUGAGUCCAUGUCCCCCAUAUUAUGUAGGGUUGGCAGUAAAUGGCACCUUCUCAGAAGCUGACCAGAAUGAGUGUGAUUGGAAACAACUGAGGUUGUCAAUUGGGUAUAUAAAAGGAAAAGGGUCAUGUGUUAAAAAUCCAAGUGUUACAUCUUCUUAUCUGGACAGUAUAUGUUCUUAUCAGACACCCAUCAUCAGUAAUGAAAAAUAUUUAAAAGCUGGAAACAAUGCAUGGUGGGCAUGUACAAAUGGUAUAACUCCCUGUUUAUCCAUGACAGUCCUCAGUCAGGAACUUGAGGUAUGUGUAGUGGUCCACACUUUACCCCAAGUCACUAUAUAUGAAGACCAGGGUUGGGAAUACCUAACUAAGAGAGCACACACCUCAGAGAAGCACCACCCAGCAUUGAUUCCUGUAUUAACUGCAACAGGCAUUGUGGGAUCAGUGGCUCUGGGCGUGACUGCAAUAGGAAUGCAAGACUCUAAUUUCAAGACCCCUGCCCAACAGGUAAAAAUGGUCUUAGGUCUACUUACUGAGUCAGUGUCUCAUUUGCAAAAACAAGUUGAUUCUCUGGCUGAGAUGGUCCUUCAAAACCACUGAGGACUUGACCUCAGGUUUAUGAAAGAGGGAGGGCUAUGUGCAGCCCUAGGAGAGCAAUGUUGCUAUUAUGCUAACAAAUCUGGAAUAAUAAGAGAAACCCUGGCCACUGCAAAUAAACAUCUACAAGAAAGUUAUAAUAGAUUGAUAAAACAGGAGGGAUGGUUCCAGUCAAUGUUUAACUGGUCUCCCUGGAUGACUACCCUUGUUUCUGCCCUUGCUGGACCCCUGUUAAUCUUGUUACUAGCUUUGACUUUCAGCCCAUGUAUUAUUAAUGAGCUUAUGGCCAAUGUAAGGGCCCAGAUAGGAUCUGUUCACCUAAUGAUUUUGAAUCAACAGGCCAAAUAUCAUCCUUUAAGUGAGCUAGAUGAGAAAGAGGAAAGAUGGAGACAAGAAUACCAAGAUAAUGCUGUAUAAGAUUACACAGCCACGGGAAAAAUCAGUGGGGAAUGUGAGACUGAACAACAGUUACUCCAUUUUGUAAUAGGGCCCCAACUUGUCUGCUUCUGUUACGGAUCACCAGGUAGACAUCAAAUUCCAGGGAUGUGCUUGUUGUUGUGCCAGGAAGGUCUGUUGUGUGUGUAGUGUUCCAUCAUGGUUGCCCAACUCCAUAUCUGAAUAUGUUACCUUAAAGACAAUCUGUAAAAGUUCUGUUUUAUCUCUCUCCUCCACUUUUGUGUUUCUGCUUGCCAACUUCCCCUGCAACCCCCUAUAAAAAUAGCCUUGGACUCUGAGCCAGUUUCCUCUCUAAGCUUGGAGCUUGGAGAGUGCUGUCUGGCCAGACUAAUAAAAGUCUGUUUUACUUUAA